AUGGAAUGUCCACCAAUCACGGGCGCCCAUUCAAUUCCAGACAUCAAGCGAAUGGCAGCGCCGACGACGACGGCGACGACGGCGGUGGCGUACGAGUCGUUCUCCAAGGACAACCUUCUGGAAAUCCUGCGACGAUACCGCCAUGAUCACCCUUCGUCCAUGGACGAUAUGGACGCCAUCGCACGCACCAUCCAUACUCCAUCCACUACGUCAACGCCCAUCGUGCGCGGGUCAGGUGAGCCGGCCAAGAAGAAGCACAAGGCGGACAAGAAGGCGCACAAACCGUUCGACUUUUCACGGUAUCGCACUCGACACGUCGCUCUCAAGUUUUCGUACAUGGGUGAAAAGUACGCUGGGUUUGCUCGGCAAGAUCACAUGGAGGAGACCAUUGAGCGCUACAUUAUCGAUGCACUGACCACCGCCCGACUCGUCGAGAACUUCUCCACAUGCGGGUACUCCCGCUGCGGCCGCACGGACGCCGGCGUGAGCGCGUUGAGCCAAGUCAUCGGGCUCAUGCUUCGCUCCAACGUUCCUGCCGACGGCACCCUCUUGGAUGGCAAGUCCAUCGACGACAUCCAAGCCGGCGACACUUUUCGCGUGCAACUGCCCGACGGAACCAUCAAAACGCUGGUCGAAUUGGAUUAUCCCACAUGUCUCAACUCAGCCUUACCGCAUGACAUUCGAGUGUAUGCGUGGGCGCCGGCGCCGCCCGAGUGGAGUGCGCGAUUUCAGUGUCAAGGACGGACGUAUCGGUACUUUUUCCAUCGCCGGACCCUCGACCUUGCCGCGAUGGCCACGGCGGCGCGCCUGCUGGAGGGCCAACAUGAUUACCGCAACUUUUGCCGCAUGGACCCGACCGUGACCAACUUUGAGCGAGAAAUUCUGUCUUUUCGAGUACUUCACACGAGUCAAGUGUCGUCGGUUGACCCGUACUACGACCUGUGCUACUUUGAGGUGCAAGGUCGCGCGUUUCUAUGGCACCAAGUGCGGUGCAUGGCGGCGAUCCUGUUUUUGGUCGGCAAGGGCCACGAAGCCCCCGAAAUUGUCACGACGUUGCUCGACAUUGGUGCGUGUCCUCGCAAACCCCAGUACGAAAUGGCCCCAGACUUGCCGCUCGUGCUCCACGAGUGUGCGUUCAACACGAUUGAGUUGCGGUACGAAUCAUACUAUAUCUAUAUAAAUCUGGAUAAAUAUAUAUAUAUAUACAUGGUAGGUACAUGCCUGGGGCCGUGAACCGAGUGUACCAUGACGUGGAGAACCAAUGGGAAGCCGCCAACUUGCGCGCCGCAUUGCUGCGAAACCAACUGGACGCGCUUAAACGUUUGCCGGUGCACCCCCACCGCGCCAUCGUCGAACUACAGCGCCGCCAAACGCCUCAAACAGCCAAUCAUAUGGCGGCGUUGCUGGCGUACGAUGCGGACGUGCCGUUUGGUGAGAUUCUGCCCCGGCUACCUGCAGCCGGCAAAGGUCUUAAGCACAUUCCGCUGCUCGAUCGAAAGUGCGGGUUCUCGUUUGAAGAAAAGAUGCACAAGGUCAAACGCAAGGCCCACCUGAAAAAGAUCACUGCCCAAGAAGCGGCGACUGCAGCAGCUCAUGAUGACGACAACACCACCCAUUCUAGUGUAUAGCUGAGGGAGUAAGUAGUCUUACUGUAGAAUAGUAUAAUAGUAACGUUAGUAGUAACUAUUGUAACUGGGAUGAUGGUCCUCUUCUACUACUAC